AAUCCGAGCCAACCUGGGCGACAUAGUUGCGCGUAUUAAACUAGUCGCUCAGUUUAUACAGUUGAAAGGGCUUGUGUUCCUUGUAUUGUGGUUCGGCAUUGCCUACUACCUCUCUCUAUUCUUUUAAAUUCAUACAAUGGAAGAACUCAACAAAGACCAGCUUAUCAUUCUCAAAAAGGCCUUCGAGGCUUUUGACCAUGAGAAAAAGGGCUGCAUUGGCACAGUGAUGGUUGGGACCAUCCUCCAGAUGUUGGGACACACCAUCACAGAUGACAUCCUCAAAGAAAUCAUCGAUGAAGUGGAUGCGGAUGGUUCCGGCGAGCUGGAGUUUGAGGAGUUCGUGACUUUAGCAUCUAGGUUCAUGGUUGAGGAAGAUGCAGAGGCCAUGCAAGCUGAACUGAAGGAAGCAUUCCGUUUAUAUGAUAAGGAAGGUAACGGUUACAUCACAACGGCUGUUCUCCGAGAGAUCCUCAGAGAGCUCGACGACAAGAUCAGCCCCGCAGAGUUGGACAUGAUGAUUGAGGAAAUUGACUCCGACGGCUCUGGAACAGUUGACUUCGAUGAAUUUAUGGAGGUCAUGACCGGAGGAGACGACUGAAAAACAAAUCUGAAUUGUUACUUAGGUUCUAAGAUAUUAUUUCUCCGUAUAUACUUAGGCCAUCUUGGUUUUUUUUAAAUAUAAUAUUUAUAAUAAAGUUUAUUUUAUGAUUCCAUUUUGAAAUGUUAACUGUUUUCUUGUUUUUGAAGAAAUUUAAUAAAGAAUCAGAUCUUCUUCGAACCAAAAAGGCAUAAGUGUACACGUAGACGAUUA